AUGGCUUACAGCGGCACCAGCUCCGACGAUGAUAUGCCUCUUGCUAGGCCGAAUGGAAAAGUUUCGGCUGCAAAGAUUACCGCAUCGAUGGACAAGGCACUCGAUCGCUCGGUGCCCAAACCAUCUGGCGGUGGUGAAGGAAUUCUCGUCCGUCGUAACAACUCGGACGCGAUGGAGGUCGACGGUGCUGUGAACAAUAAGCGCAAAUCCCGCACAUCGAUCACGAAAAUUCAUUACAAAAUUGACUCGGAUAGCGACGGUGAGCCUUUGGCCAAGCGACAAAGAUCGAACCAGGCUCUGGAGUCUGACUCUGAUGAUGAACCCAUCAGCAAAUCAAAGUCGACCCCUCGCAAGGCCGUUGACGAUUCUUCCGAUGACGAUAUUCCGCUGGGCAACCUGGCUAAGAAGAAGGCCGCCAUCGAGAAGGUAGCUGCCAAAGAGGCUCAGGCUAUCCGCGCCAAGGAGGCGAAAAAGAAGGCAACACCCAGGAAAAGCAUCAAAAACGAGUCUGAUGAUGACGCCCCUCUUGCGAAGUCAUCUUCGAACAAGAGACAAUCGAAUGGCGUCGCAGCCAAGCGCAAGUCGAACGGCGUAAAGAAGGAGGAGUCUGACUCUGACGUGCCAAUUUCGAAGAAAUCCAAGGCUACCACGUCAGCUAAAAAGGGCAAGUCUGCUCCCGCCAAACAAACGAAGAAGGCAGGCAAGGAAGAAGAAGAGGAAGAGGAGGAGUAUGAAUGGUGGAAUGCAACCAGGCCUGAGGACGACUCCAUCAAGUGGCAAACACUGGAGCACAACGGCGUUUUAUUUGCUCCUGCCUACGAGCCUCUCCCGAAGCAUAUCAAGCUCAAGUACGAUGGCCAGGAUGUCACUCUGCCUCUCGAAGCUGAGGAAGCAGCCAGCUUCUGGGUUGCUAUGAUGACGCCUGCGUCUUCCCACCAUCUUGAGAACCCCACGUUUCGACAAAAUUUCUUCGAAGACUUCGCUGAGAUUGUCAAGAAGGCAGGUGGUGCCAAGAACUCGGCCGGUGACAAGGUGCCCAUCAAGAGUUUAGAAAAGUGCGAUUUUGGAAACAUGUACGACCACUGGCUCGCGAAGACGGAGGCCAAGAAAAACAAGAACUUGUCCAAAGCUGAGAAGGACGCUGCCAAGGCUGAGAAAGACAAGCUGGAGGCGCCAUACAUAACAUGUCUUUGGGAUGGCAGAAAGCAAAAAGUUGGCAACUUUCGCGUUGAACCCCCCAGCUUGUUCCGUGGUCGGGGCGAGCAUCCCAAAACUGGUCGAGUGAAAAGUCGAGUUUGGCCCGAGCAAAUCACAAUCAACAUUGGCAAGGAGGCCAAGGUUCCAGAGCCGCCCAAGGGCCACAAGUGGAAGGCUGUCCAGCAUGACCAAAAGGCUACAUGGCUUGCCAUGUGGCAAGAAAACAUCAACGGCGCCUACAAGUACGUCAUGCUGGGAGCUGCCAGUGAUGUCAAGGGGCAGAGUGAUUUCAAGAAAUUUGAAAAGGCCCGCGAACUGAAGAAGCACAUUGACAAGAUUCGCCGUGAUUACAACAAGGAGCUCAAAAGCGAAAUCAUGGCUGAUCGUCAAAGAGCUACGGCCAUGUACCUGAUUGACAAGUUGGCGCUAAGAGCGGGCAACGAAAAAGAUACCGAGAACGAAGCCGACACUGUAGGCUGCUGCUCGCUCAAGUUCGAGCACAUUUCGCUCGAGCCGCCAAACAACGUCACUUUCGACUUCCUCGGCAAAGAUAGUAUUCGAUACAAUGAAACCGCGAAGGUCGAUGCACAAGUCUUCAAGAACCUAAAACUGUUCAAGAAGGCGCCAAAGUCUGAUGGAGAUGACCUUUUUGAUCGCCUAACCACCUCGCAACUGAACAAGCACUUGAACAGUUACAUGCAAGGUCUCACGGCCAAGGUAUUCCGUACUUACAACGCUUCGUUCACCAUGUCGCGACUUCUUCGAGAGCUGGAGAAUGACCCUCGCUCCAAGGGCUCGGUUGCGGAGAAGGUUAAGCUGUACAAUGAUUGCAACCGGCAGGUUGCCAUUCUCUGCAACCACAAGCGCUCAGUCGGUGCUAGCCACGAGCAGCAGAUGCAGAAGAUGGGCGACCGUAUCAAGGGCCUACGAUAUCAGCAAUGGCGCACCAAGAUGAUGAUUCUUGAUAUCGAUCCGAGCCAGAAGAAGAAGAAAGGCGCUGCCUACUUCCAACUUGACGAGGAGAUUGAUAAGGAAUGGGUUUUGGCGCACCAGCAGUUCCUUGUCGAAGAGCAGCGCACCAAAAUCACCAAGAAGUUUGAAAAGGAUAAUGAGAAGCUCAAGGCGGAUAAGGAGAAGCCGCUGCCGGAGAAGGAGCUUAAGGAGCGUCUCCUAGCUGCUAAGGAGCUCGAAACCAAGUUCAAGAAGGAGAACAAAACGAAAAAGGUUGAGGCGGAAGGACGCGGCCCGACUGUGGAAAAGUUUGUCACGGCCGUGGAGAAGCUUGAUGACCGCGUCAAGGUGUUGGAGUUGCAAGCUGAAGACCGUGAUGGAAACAAGGAAGUGGCCCUGGGUACUUCCAAGAUUAAUUACAUCGAUCCUCGCCUGACGGUCGUUUUUUCAAAAAAGUUUGACGUUCCUAUUGAGAGGUUUUUCUCGAAGAGUCUACGAGACAAGUUCCGAUGGGCCAUCAAGUCGGUCGAGGAUGCCGACGACUGGGAGUUCUGA